GAGUCUUACCAGCUUAACCUUAAAUGGUGCGAAUUACAAUCCCUUAAGCUAAACGGGGAACGAUUAACGUGGACGAAUAACCUUGAAUCGUUAAAGAAUUUUGUGGAAAAUGGCUUGAAACUACAAGGAAAGUGGUCGUCGCCCGGAGGAAACGUAAAGCAAUUCAAAAGUUCUAACAAUAAUCUUGUCAUCAACUGGUAUAAUAAGAAACAGCUAACCCUUUGUUUCCAAGGUCGAGAUGGUCCCUCCUUAAAGGACAAGUUGGUCAAGUUUAUUCAAAAUAAACAGGGAACAGAAGCUGAUACGCCUGUCUCGUAUGCUUCAACAACCGAGCAAGAAAUUCCGCCUUCGCAAGAAGCCAAUGGCAUCUGCAGUAAUCGACUAGCUUCGGCCGCCGACGCCGAACUUGAGAACAGUAUUCAAGAGCGAUCGAACUCGGUUAUCAGUGCUGAUAUUGAGGGCUUAAAACUGGAUUUACUAAUUCUUCAGAAAAAGGUUGAAGCAAAUACAAGCCUUCUGUCGACGAAAUGCAAAUUACAAGAAACCGCUUUUAGCGCCGAGCUCCUCGAUUACAAAGAGAGGUAUGAGAAGGUGUUAUCGACAUUAUCUAAAAAAGAUAAUGAAAUUGAGGUGUUGGAGGAA